AUGAACAAGUUGUUCGUAGUCCAGCAUGAUCUGCUCAGAGACUUGGCUAUCUACAUGAGUAAGCCGCAGAACGAAGACAUAACAGAAAGACGGAGACUUAUAAUGGAAAGAAGAGGAGAUGAUCUUCCAGAAAGCUGGAGGGAAGAAAUGGAUCAAAGCUUCAGUGCCCGCCUAGUCUCUAUCCUUACAGAUGAAACGUACCCCUCGAACUGGAGUGAUAUGCAACUUCCAAAGGCUGAGGUUUUAAUUCUGGAUUUCUUGGCAACCGAAUACUCUUUACCCCCCUUCAUGGAGAAAAUGGGAAAGCUCAAGGUGCAGAUCAUGACAAGUCAUGGACAAAAACAUGCCAAACUCAAAGGCGGCUUGCAGGCACUAGGUAAUGUAGCCCAACUGAAGAAAAUCAGGUUAGAGAAGAUUUCAAUUCCUCCGCUUAUAGUGCCACUGAAGAAUUUGCGAAAGAUAUCAUUGGUUAUGUGUGAGGUUGGCCAAGCCUUCACUAACUGCACCAUGGAGAUCUCCGACAUGCUACCAAAACUCAUCGAGAUGGACAUUGACUACUGUAACGAUCUGAUAGAACUACCACCAGGGUUAUGCCAUGUCUCCCACCUGCAAAAGCUGAGUAUCACCAACUGUCAUAAUUUAUCCAAACUGCUUGAAGAGCUCGGAGAUAUGACUAAUUUAGUGGUGCUAAGGCUGCACGCAUGUACAGAACUGUCACAGUUGCCAGACUCAAUCCGAAAUCUCCACAAGUUAAGAUUUCUAGAUAUCUCUGAAUGUGUGAGAAUGGAAAGCCUACCCCAAGGGUUGGGUGAGUUAAACAGUUUGGAAAAGAUCGACAUGAGCAAGUGCUCGAGAGUAAAGUAA